GACUGCAGCGCUGACGUUACAGUUCCGGUUCCACCUCGUAGUAGCGCUUAGCUAAAACGGCGGCGGGAAAGUCGCGGACACUAUCUUAACUGCAAAUCUACACGAAGAUCAAGAGGCCGGAAUUGUAAAGGAGCGAGAAAUCAUUGCCCGUCAUUGAUGGCUCAGUAGUUGGAAAUACGCUAACCGUAAACGACAGCUUUACCGUGUGGGAUUCAGCUAACAUGGCUAACGUCGGAAACCAACUACCAACGCAGGCCGUUAGCAAGCCUCCAUCAGGGAAACAUGGCAACGUAUUGCCCCUAUGGGGAAACGAAAAGACUAUGAACCUAAAUCCAAUGAUUCUUACAAAUGUGCUCUCCUCGCCGUACUUCAAAGUUCAGCUGUAUGAACUAAAGACCUACCAUGAGGUUGUGGACGAAAUCUAUUUCAAGGUGACUCACAUUGAGCCCUGGGAAAAGGGAAGCAGAAAGACUGCAGGCCAGACCGGAAUGUGCGGAGGGGUGCGUGGAGUUGGCACUGGUGGCAUUGUAUCAACUGCUUUCUGUCUUCUUUACAAACUGUUUACUCUCAAGCUAACACGCAAACAGGUGAUGGGUCUCAUCACUCACACAGAUUCUCCGUACAUCAGGGCACUUGGAUUCAUGUACAUAAGAUACACUCAGCCUCCAACAGAUUUAUUAGACUGGUAUAAUGACUUCCUGGAUGAUGAGGAGGAGCUUGACGUAAAAGCAGGCGGCGGCUGUGUCAUGACCAUUGGGGAGAUGCUGCGUUCCUUCCUGACCAAGCUGGAAUGGUUCUCCACGCUGUUUCCCAGAAUCCCUGUGCCUGUUCAAAAGGCGAUUGAUCAGCAGAUGAAGGCGAGGCCGCGUAAGGUGGCCCAGAAGGAGCCGGAGGAGGAGGCUGAGUUCACAGAGUCAGGAAGGCAAGGAGAACGACGACACUCCAGGACGCCAAGACGGACGCCGAGUCCCAAAAGGUCUCCCAAGCGAUCGAGAAGCAGGAGUCACCACCGCGAGAGAGACCGCCACGGGCCGAGCUUCGACCGGGAACUGGAGAGGGAGCGGGAUCGGCAGAGGAAGGAGAGGGACGGCGGGCGGGACAGAGAGCGGGACAGGGCAGACAGAGGGGACAGGGAAAAACGGAGAUCACGUAGCGCAGACAGGAACAGGGAACACAAAAGAAGUCUCAGUGGCAGCAGAGAGCGGAGAGGCGAACGCAGGGAGAAAGAGAGGGACGGAGCAGAAGACAGGAGCAGGAAGAAAGACAGGGAUCACCACAAGGACAGAGGGACAGAGAGGGACAGGUCCAGAGACAGGAAGAGCAGGACGGAGAACGACGAGCGGAGGCAUAAAGAAGACAGGGACAGACACAGGGAGGACAGAAAAGCUAAACGGUCGAGUCGGAGCAGAAGCAGAGAAAAGAGGCAUAAAGGCGGAGCGGAGGAGAAGAGCAGGAAGAGGGAUCGCAGCCACAGCAGAGAGAGGGAGCGCGAGCGGGACGGGGAGCGCUCUCACAAACGCAGCCGCAGCAAAGAGAGGAGUCGCCACCAGCGGGAGUCCAGUAACGAGCAUAGUAAACAUGGUGAACGGAGAAGAAGUCAGAGUACGGAGUAAACGCAAUGGCACCGCUUCCACCUUUCUCUCUGCUCUGCUGUCUGGCCAGACAUGGGCCCCAAGUGAAGGAGCGUCAAGCGUUAGCGUCUUGAGGUCAUGUUCAGCCAAAUGUAACGUUGAUUCCCACCUGUUUUCAUGUUUUCAGUCCCUGUUAGAACAUUGUUAGUCAUUUAAAAUCUGUACAGUAAGGAAAAAAAAAAAACGGCAUUUUAGUUUUCUAUAAUUCUUGUUUUGAUCCAAGAAGAAGUGGGUUUGUACAUACUGUCUAGAGAAUGUCUACACACUGUUAUCGGACAGAGUUUGUUUUGAUUGUUCACAUAGCACUGUCAACAUAUGCUAUAUGUAAAUCCUACCAGGUUAUGGGUUCUAUUUUCAGCCUCGAAAAAGCAGUGUGUGCUUUUUUUUGUUUUGGAACUCUGAUAGGAUUAUGAUAUGUGUGCAUCUAUAAAUACCGACGGUUUGAAUUCGAAGGUGAAGCUUUACAAUUCUCUCCAUGACCGUUUGUAGACAGUCCAGGAAUGUUUUAAUCCUCUGAAGGGCGAACUGCAAGGGUAAAUUUCUACCACACACACUUGAUCCCUGCUUGUGUUGUGUUUGAGUUAUUGGUCUGUUGCAUUUUGUUUUCUAAUAAAACCCUUUUACAAAUGGU